UCACAGCCCUUCCUCCAAGAAUUUUUCUGCAAAGUUGAAUAUAAAUGUCAACUACAAUACCAUUCAAAUGUCUCAUAUUUUUGGUCCUCAAAGGACAACCUAGAUUUCCUCUAUCUCUAUCUAUAUAUACUCCCAAUAUUUCAACUCCAAACAAAGUGCGUAGGUUCAAACAAAAAAAAUAAAUAUCCAUACAUUCUUUCAUUUCAAGCUCUCCACCAACAUGUCUCCUCUUAACACCAAUGAUUUGCAACAGAUUUUUGACAAGCUAGACCAAAAUGGUGAUGGCUUUGUAAGCCUCGAUGAGAUCAAAUUGCUUCUAGAGAGAAUCGGAGUUCAGACUAGCCUAGACGAACUUGAGUUAUUAGUGGGCAAAACAAGCCUCGACCUUCUUGACUUUAUAUUCUUCUAUGACACUUUCAUUAAGCGUGAUCAAAACGAAAUAGGCAAGGAAGAUGUUAAUGACUUGGAAUGUGAUCUUUCCAAGGCUUUCAAGGUGUACGAUUUGAAUGGUGAUGGUUUCAUUUCAUGCGAGGAGCUCCAGAAUGUGUUGUCACGAUUAGGAUUGUGGAACGAGCAUUGUGGCAGGGAUUGCAAAAGCAUGAUUAACAUGUACGAUAUGAAUUCCGAUGGAGUGCUCGAUUUUGAAGAGUUCAAGAACAUGAUGCUGUCCACCAAUUCUUAAAGGCACUUCUUCUAUUUAUUUCUUUAUAUUUAUUUCAGAAAUUUCACUUUAGUAUUAAUUAUUUGUUGUGAUUGUGAUGGGUAUUCGUCGUCCAGACUUUUUCAUCGGGUUGAAUUAGCUAGAAUGUAGACUUGGUCUUUGAUAAUGUUAUUGUUAUUGCACCUUUAAAAUUUAGUAUUGAAUUGUUGUGUACUGCAAAUUGAAUGUAAAAAUUGUUUAUAUA